CGAAUUUGGUCCACCUCUAAGAAGAAGCAGAGAAGAACAUAUAUUUAUAUAUAUGUACGAAUGCAAAGUGCAAGAUUUUCCUGAAUUUUCCUAUGAAAAUGGACGCCGACAGCAGUGGAUCUGUGCACCGAGAUUCCCACGGCUCCAGGUCGCGUUCCCGGCGUGAGAGGGAAACCAAUGGCCGGGCAAGGGACAAGGAGCGGCCAAGGGAGCAGCACAAGGUGCCCUACUUUGCAGACGAUGUGCGGGAACAGGACCGAGUGAGAAGACUGCGUCAAAGAUCGCCCCGAACAACCAGACGAUCCAGCCCGCGGUCUAGAGCCAGAUCCAGAUCCAGAUCCCAGUCAUCUGACCGGGAGAGCAGGCACAGAAGGCAUCGCCAACGCUCGCGGAGUCGGAAUCGCAGCCGGAGUCGCAGCAGCGAACGGAGGCACCGACCAAGGAGUCCUCAUCGGUACAAUCCGCCGCCAAAGAUCAUCAACUACUAUGUGCAAGUGCCAGCACAGGAUUUCUACGGGAUGUAUGGGACAUAUGCCAUGGGGCCACCGCCAAGAUUUGGAUACCAGCGUCCGUCGCGUCCACCACCCUUUCCCCCUGCCACCUACAGAUUCCGCCAUCGUCCACCGUUCCUGGGAGCGCCCCGAUUUGGCUACAGAAGCGCGUGGCAACCACCACAUUAGACAGACAACAUUCGACAUAAUUACAAAUUUAUUUACAU